AUGGUUACGCUAACACGGACGGUAUUAACUCUGCUUUUAUUGUCAAUUGUGCUCCCAACCGCAGUGUCGUCAUUUUUUCUACUUCGGAAACUAUCCUCGGGCUCGUCGUCUUAUCACGAUAAUCCUUCAAUCAGCCCUUUGAAUAUGAUGAAUUCGAACGCAGCAAUUCUACGCUUGACUUCUCGACACAUCCCUGAUUUACCGGAAUCGUUCUCGCCAUCAGCCAAACGAUUUUCAUUUUCGGGCAAUCCCUAUGAAGCCAUGGUUGGACGGCUACCUCACUACUACUAUACUCACUAG